AUGGCUGAAUUACCCAAAAUUGUGUAUGGGGCAUAUCCAAUCACAGCUUUGCCCAAAGACGAAUUCUCGAAACUUUAUUCGUUACUAAGAGAGAAUGGAGUGACUGAGUGGGAUACUGCAAGAAUUUAUCCAGGCAGUGAAAAAUCAAUUGGAGACUUGGGAAUCGCCGAUGAUUUAGUUAUCGAUACUAAAGCUCGUUCCUUUGAGGAGGGGGCCUUGACAAGAGAUGGAAUUUUCGAGUCUAUCAAGCAAUCCUUUGAUGAAUUGAAAGUGGAUAGCGUGGAGAUUUAUUAUUUGCAUGCUCCAGACCCAAUCACCCCAAUCGAAGAGACCAUUGAUGCCAUUAAUGAGCUAUACAAGCAAGGGAAGUUCAAGAAGUUUGGUCUGUCGAACUACACCCCUGAUGAUGUGAAGAAAAUCUACGAAUAUGCAAAGAGCAAGAACUAUGUUUUGCCCACAGUGUUCCAAGGGAACUACAAUGCAUUUUCUCGCAGCAUUGAGAAGGAUCUAUUCCCUGUCUUGAGAAAAUAUGGAAUCUCCUUUUAUGCUUACUCCCCAAUAGCUGGUGGUUUCUUAGUCAAAUCGGUUCAACAGAUCGAAGAAGGUGCGGGAAGAUUUAAAAAAGGGACCAUGAUAGGAGACCUAUACUCCAAAUUAUACAAUACCCCAAAACUUUUGAAAGGUCUAGAGAAGUGGGAUGACAUUGCUAAGAAAUAUGACAUUCCGAAGUCUCAUUUGGCGUAUAGAUGGAUCGCCUUCCAUUCUUCCUUGAGUAAGAAAGAUGAUGAUGCAGUCAUCAUCGGUGGUAAGAACCAUGAGCAGGUUGCAGACACUCUCAAUGCUUUCAAAGAAGGUGCUCUGCCUAAAGAGGCAGUUGCAGAGAUCGACGACCUUUGGGAAUCUAUCAAAGAUGAAGCUCCAGUAAACAAUUAUGUUGUAGCAGCUGGGGCGAUGAAAUGA